UCUUGGCAAAAGGACAGAAAAUGCCAAAGCAGGUAUUUUUUCUCCUUUUUCGCCUUUAUCAUAAUUACCUCACACCCACAGUGUGAUACUAAUAUUCCCUUUUUGAUUAAAAAAUAUUGCCCAGGUGAUAGCAUGCGCGUGAUCUCACAUAACAUGAUACCAUUGCUAGCCGUGUUCAUUAUUUACAGUAGCAUAUAAUUUAGAGGAUUCGUAGUUUGCAAUGCUACUAUAGUUUGCAUGUGUUGUUUGUUUACGUGAGAGAAAUUAAAUAGAACUCUCUGAAAUAGUGCACGUCAUGAGAAAAAGUCCUGGUGUAAUGAGAUAGGCUGUGGGAAAAGCCUGGCACCAACUCAAACGGGUUUUGACCGCAACUAGUUUUCUGUGUCCACCUGUCCACAGGUGCCAGCGUGACGAAACGUCCUGACCACAUCGAAAAUGAAAUGAGAAACCUGGCAGCCUGACAGUAAACAAACAGGAGCUGAACACAGAAGUUGCAGCUAAUAAACGGCGUUAACAUUAAAGGGUACAAAAACACAAACACAGCCCUAAAAAAACAAUGUAUUUGGUAUCGCACCAAGGGGCGUAAAAAGGAAGUGAGACAAAUGUGGCUGAACCUACCUCUCUUUGUGCGGGACUGGAAAGCGAAGUUCCUCUGGACUUUUCUCUAUUCAAGACGACCAUGGGGAAAUUUGCCUAAGAAAUGAUCGCAUGUCACCCAUAAAGGUUCGCCAGAAUCACGGCAGAAUCAAAGAGACCGAUGUCAAGAUGAGAUUAUUUGUUUUAACUUUCAUCUGUGCAUGUCUGCAAGUCAGUCAUCAAAAUCCAAUCAGCCACUGGACUCUGCUGCCUCACAUUUUGGUUGUGGAGGUGGAUGGCACAGUUGGCCAGCAGCCCCUGAGCUGCCUGGAGCAACCAGAGGAGCUGAAUGACAACAUUUUUUGGAAGAAAAAUGGAGUGGAGGAAGGACAGAGCGGGAACACAUAUCUGCUGCAACUGGAGGAAAGCUUAGGAGGGGGAAACUACACCUGCCACAGCAAGGAUGGAUCCCUCCUCAACCACACUGUGGUCCUGAUCCAAGAGAACGAAACUAACAGGAUUCUUGUGAAAUCUGACAAAAAGGAUUACUUGAACUGCGCUGCUCAGAAUUACAACGGAGAGUUCAACUGCUCUUGGACCUGGCACAGCAGUCGUGUUGGCACGGUGGCAUUUAUCAAAGCUCGACGCAUUUCUGAGGACAAGGACACCCAGUGUUCUGUGGAUGCCAGUGGUCAGUAUUGGACAUGCACUUCAGCUCAGAGUAACUUCAGGUGUUCAAUAGACAACAGUGGAUCCAGCAUCUUGUGCCUGGACGCACACCACUGCCCCUACGCCGAGGAGAGCCAGCAGAUCCACAUCACUGUGUACGUGAGGACGGAGCACUUCCUUGUAGAGAACUACUCUCAACACUUUAAACUGUCAGAGAUCGUGAAACCCGACAUGGUGAGGAUCAGUAAAAUCAACGCUACGAUGAUAGAGUGGAGUUACCCGAGCUCCUGGAGCAGUCCCUACUCCUACUUCCCUCUCACUUUCCAGAUUGCACAGCUGAGGCGGGGAUGCAGAAGGUGUGAUAACCCAUGCACUGACUCAAAUGCCACUAAGAUCUUGGCAGUCAACUCUACAGACAUUUGUCAGUUUGAAGUCAAACACAAGGCUAGGGCCGUCUGUGUGCGGGCUAAGGAUGCUCUUAUUGAUUCACAAUGGAGCGAGUGGAGCCAUAUCAGAUUGAGGAGUCACAGGAAGAACAAAUAGAACGACAGUCAACAAAACAAAAGUUUUAACAGACGAGAACCCCCAAACUCUUAAAUUAUUAUGUUUAUUUAUAUACUUUAUAUAUUUAUAUUUAUCUUAGCAUGAUAGCAUGCAGUUUGUAAUAUGUUGCAUGUAACUAUUUUUGAUGAUAAUUGAAGAAAUAAAAUGAUAAGUAGCAAAGAC